AUGGCCGCGAUGCGAGGUCCUCGCCUCCAGGCUGGAUCCGCGCCAUGGAUUGCCGAAGAACGCUCCUCGGCCCUCCAGAUUGUUCAGUCAGAAGUUGAGGAAUUCUCAUUCUCUGCGCGGAACGAAAUGGAAUGGCUUAAUGAACAUAUGGCUGGUAUAUUUGAUGAGAACGAAACCAACUUUGCCGACGCCUUUAAAACACCAGGAAAGCUGCGCGGCAAAACACCGCGUACCAUUCGAACGGUCGCUGUGCCGGGCGACACCCGAGUCCCGCUCUCCGAUGUCUUUACUGCGACACCAAACGGCGCAACCCCCCAGCACACCAACAAACUGCUCUCUCCUAAAGCUAUUAGCCGAGCACCGAAGUUUCUGGCCGCAGGAGCAAAGCUGAUGCCCCAGCCGCAAUCUACGAAAGAUUCGGGAUACUACGGCAGCCAGGAUGUCGAUGCUGCUGCUCCCGUCUUUGGUGAUUUGGAGAGCAGUUCGCAAAAGCGCGUGAUAUCCUACGAUAUAAACAUGGCGAUCAAGCAAAAUCAGUUCCAAGUCCCUCACACCGAUAUGCCGGAGAAUACGCUGCAAAAUUUAAAAGAGGAACAGAAACGUCAAUUUACGAAGCAGCCUGUUUUCUUCGACAUAGAAUCGUCACCGACGCGCCGCAACUUUGCUUCCCAGGCCCCGUCAUCAUCGCCUUUGAAGCACUCGCCUCUUAAAUCCCCCAUCCCUCACUCCGAUAUAACCGACGUGGCUGUUGAAAAUGACGAGCCCGAAUCUCCUUCCGAAGCUUCUAGCCCCAUUCGACAAGUUAUGCGUAAGAGCAGCUUGAAUUUUGCUUCACUUCCUGCGCGAGAACCGCUGGCCGCUGGUAAAAUCGCCGGGAGAGUUUCGCGUGUUAGCCAUCUGGACAAAGCUAGCGCAGGCAGAAGCCUCGGCCAUGCUUCCAAGGAUAACGGCUUAGAAGCCGGCAGCCAGGAUGACAUGGAUAAAGCUGCAGAAGAGGUGCCGGUUCAAUUGACAUUCGAUGAGCCAAUGAAUCACACUCGGACAUACACCCAGCGGCUCCAGGACCAGAUCAAUCAACUGGGCAAAUCCAACAGCAACACUUUGGGACCUACUCACUCUCAUGCCACCAUUUCGUCAGAAAACCAGACUGCUCUGCCGAGUUCACAGUCACACCCGAUUGUGCCAGCUUCUCCGACUCGUAAGCAAAGUAUCAGCAAAGUACUUCAAACGACACCGGGCGCUUUCCCCGAAGAAGAAGAAGAAGAAGAAGACGAUGAUUGGAUCGAGCCCCCGAGCGUGGCACCACCAACGGACACACGCCCUGCAUUCCCUAAGAGCUACUCUGCAGAUGCCAUGGAGGGCAUACAAGGAAAAGGAACAAUCGGCCAGCCGGAAUUUGCGGUCGCAAAAACGCAACACGGCACUCACUUCAAAACUCAUGGCAAGUCUGCAUCCGUGUCAACGCUGCCUAGUAUGACUGAUGCAAAGAGCGACUUGACUCUCACAAAAUUCGCAUCGGAAUCCAAUGGCCUCGAUACUGUGCCAGAAUCUCAAGGUGCGGAGACUCCAUCUGGGUCACCAUCGCGGCUCUUCCGCGACAGCCCACUCAAGCAGAUGAAGAGCAAGCUGUCUUCCAUCUUGAAAGGCUCGAGAAGUCUUUUGGCAAGCAGCGCAGCGAUCAGCGCAGAGGGGAAAUCUUCUUUGCUCUCGUCCUCUACAGUUCAGCUGGGAUUGCAUCCAUCGCCCUCUACUGCCUCAUUAGCUUCCAAGAUGCGGAUUGCUUCCGGCAUAUCGCAGAAUACAGAAGGCUCUUUAAGUCCCACCAAGACCCGUCGCACGCGAGCCUCCGCGGAGCGGGCGCGAGAGGACCAAAAGCGUCGAGAGAAGGAGGCGAGGUUGAUGGCUGAGCAGAUGGACAGAUUGGACAAGGCCCGUGAAAAAGAGCGUGAGAAGGCCCGUGUCUUUAGCAAAGAACAGGAGCGCAUUGCUGCCAUGGAGCAGGAAAUUGCGGCUAAGAAAAAUCAAGAGGAACAAAUGCACGCAAAACAGACGCCUAAGGCUCUCAGCAACUCUCGCGGAGCAAAGCUGUCUGACGACGAACAAAAUACCAUCUCACAAGAUGUAGCUAUGCUUGACGUGCCACAGAUCGCACCGCCAUCGGCUGUUCGAAUGACGAGCACCACACACUCGCUCCGAAAUAGAGAUGUGAAGCGGCCAGUCAAACCAAUCAAGGAAGAUGGGACGACGAAGCAAGCCCCGACAGUCAUUCGCGUCAAACCGGGAUCCCAGCACUCGCAAUUUCAUCAAGCAGGCAGACAGUCGACUAUUCCACAAGAUCCUGCUAGCCUUUCCAACUCCCAGCAUCAACAGAGCGUAAACGCGAGCAAGGCGUCUCUUCACAGCAAGGUAUCAUUGCAAAGCCUGAAGUCGAGCACAAAUGCACGCCCAAGAGCGGCGGAUACGGCUGCCAGGAAGAAGGAGGCAGAAGAGCGAGAGGCUCAAAAGCGUCGCGAUGCAAAGGCUGAAGCAGAGCGCAAGCGUGUUGCUUCUCAAGAGGAGCAGCGCCGCAACGAGCAACAGCGACGGGCUGAAGCAGAGCGCCAGAAGAAAGACAAGGAAUUGGCCGAGGAGCGUAAGACGGCCCAGCGACAGGCAGCCUUGGAUAAGGCAAAGCAAACGAAGGCGCCUCCUCCGGCCGCUCGAUCUCAGCCAAAUGCCCCUCCGGAUUUCACGAUGAGCCAGCAGCAGAAGAUGGAAAGCCAGGGCAACAGACCCCCUUCUCGCAUGAUGGCAGGCGCUCAGCGACAACAAGCCGGGGCAAACUCGAGCAAAGCUGGAACGAAGCGCCUGGUCGGACAUGCAAACAAUGAAGACUCGCAGGAUUCUCGACCACCGACUCGUACGGGACCGGCAUAUCAAGCAAAAGAUGCCAAGAGACGCCGCACUAGCGAGGUCCUGCAAGACAGUGCUGAAAGUGGGAAUAACCCCAGCAAAGGACAUGUUGUACGACCAUCUCCCGGCUUUAAGAAGGAUGUGCCGUCAAAGUUACUUUUCCAAAAUGGCUAUUCGAAUGCACCACCGAGUGCGGUUCAUGAUCUGUUCAAGGCCUCAGUGACGUCGCAUCAGCUUCAAAGCAAGACUGCUCGCCCCGUGGACAUGGCGCAGAUUUCAAAGGGCAACAUUCCCUUUGCGCCAAACGCAGCGGGCCCUGCCUUCAAAACGCCAGCGCGUCCUGGUCCGUAUCUCGCAGGCAAGUCGGCAGCGAAAUCCGUGCCUCGUCCAUCCCCGCAAUUCCAGAACGGAGAAGCAAUUGACUUGCCUGAGAUCCAGACUGAUGACGAAGACGAGGAGGAUGAUCCUGGUAUCAACAACAUCGCUGGCUGGGCCGCAUCCCCUGACCUCCGAGCGGCUCUGAUGCGGCAGGAAACAAUGGACCCUUCGCAAAUCUUCGGUCCACCAGCACCACUAAACAUGGAAGAAGUCUUCAGCAAGAGCAAGGACAGGUGGCCCAAGUUCCGCGCCAGAACUUCAAGCGCCAAUUGGAGUGGACCGGACGGAUUGACUGAAGACGACAUCCGCAAGGACAUGGCGGCAAGAGAGAAGCUGAGGCGUGAAGGGGGUUGGUCGUAUGAAAUGAGUAAGGAUGUCUUGUAA